AUGGCCAACUUCGGUGGCCCAACGCUCCUCAAGCGUACCCUUGGUCUUCAGGAGGAUCGCUACAGCCAGUACAUUGGGCCUACAACUGACUUUGAGCCCUCUCUUAUAAAUCUCUCGCCUUUUGACCCCCAUGAUGAGAGCCUACUAGCCCGGGGAACUCUCCGCAAGGUCAGUGAUAUCGACACCUUCCUGCUAUUGCCGGAUUAUACCACCCCCGGCCAUGAGCAUGUCAUCGAGGAUGUCGACGAGAUAGAACGGCUCGUCGCGCCUCACAGCCGCAACUUGAUAGACCUCUAUUUCCGUGUGGUUCAUCCCGGCUUUCCCAUCAUUCAGAAGACAGUAUUCUAUGAGAAGUAUGAUCGUAAUCCGCGCGAAUUCUCCCCGCCGCUUCUGGCGGCGAUGUACAUCUUGGCCAUCAACUGGUGGGACCAAGAUGAACUACUCUCAUCUCUACCACGACCUAAUGUCCGCGAGCUUGAGCGACUUUGCCGGACAACCCUUGCUGAUGCCAUGUACCGGCCGAAGCUCUCGACUGUCCAAGCGGGCCUACUUCUAUCCCAACGACCCGAGGGAGACCAAUGGGCACCGACAGCACAGCUAGUCGCUAUCGCACAAGAGCUUGGUCUACAUCUGGACUGCUCAAGCUGGAAGAUACCACCGUGGGAAAAAGGUCUAAGAAAGAGACUUGCGUGGGGCCUGUAUAUGCAGGAUAAAUGGGGAGCGCUUGUUCAUGGACGUCCUUCCCAUAUUUUUGCCGCCAACUGGGCGGUGCAAAAUCUGGGUCCAAACGACUUCCCAGAUGUUGAGUGGGAGGAACAUGAGGUUGAAGAGAAGCUUGAAAUUGAGACAGGACGGACACUCUUUACACAAAUGGUGCAGCUGUCACAAAUCUUGGCGGAAAUCCUCGAGACCUUCUAUACCCUUCAAGCCAUGCAGACUGUCUCGAAUGCCGGUCUUCAGGGCACUCAUCUGGUUCUUUCUCUUGCGAAGCCUAUUCAGCUGAAACUGAAAGAGUGGUACUCUGCGCUGCCCAGUACUAUCAGGAUGGACUCGACUUACCAGGGCGGCAACACGACACAGAGCCGCCUUUCUAGCAUCGGCUAUCUCCACCUCGCUUACUUUGCCACUGAAAUCACCCUACAUCGUCGCAUCAUCCGCUCCAUGGUCGCAUCCCUGCCCGAUUCUCCGACAGCACUCAGCUCUGGCGCGGCCGGACCCGACUCCUACCUCCAGCACAUCUGUCGUAACGCUGCCAAGGCGCGUUUGAUCUCCGCCAUGGACUUUGUUAACCGCUUGACGCCGGCACAUUUACGUUCCUUCUGGUACUUUGCUUCGAAGACCAACUUUGCCCUCAUUGGCACCUUCGGUAGCCUGCUGUGGGCGACAUCCCCUGGCCGUGAGGAGGCAGAUUGGUAUCGCCGUCGACUCGCCGAGUACCGCUGGACGUUGUCUGUGAGCUCGAAGCCUGGCGAGGGCAAGGGUCUCACAGAGUUCGCUAUGGGUAUGUUGGACAUCAGCACCGGUCUGCUGAAGACCUUGCCCGAGAAGCCAAGCAUGAGCCGCUCCGGCAGUGUGGCAGACAUAGACAAUGCCAGGCGACAGAGCCUCCUUGCGCUAGGCGGAAGCAGUGGGGUCGGCAGCACCAUCGACUUCAGCGGACUUCCGAGCGCGGACGUCAGUGGCAUGCAGAGCCCCAGGAGUCAAGGAAGCGAUAGCAGUGACGAUGCCAUGUACGGCAGCUUUGCGCCGACGAGCGGUAUGGCAUCCAUGGGCGAUUAA